AACCUCCGAGAACAACCGCCGAUCGUGGUCGUAGCGUCGACGCCCAACCGAGUGGUCGUUCUACUCCUCGUCUUCUCCAAGCGGCGUUCUCCAGCCUGGUGCUUGAGAUGGAUCAAGAAGCCGCUCUCGAUCUCGUGAAGAAAGGGGCGACACUUCUUCUCCUCGACGUUCCUCAGUUCACUCUCUUCGGCAUCGACACCCAGAUGUUUUCUGUGGGGCCGAUGUUUAAGGGUAUGAAGAUGAUCCCACCGGGCACACACUUCAUUUACUAUAGUCCCUCAAGCAAAGAGGGGAAUGAAUUUUCACCGACAGUUGGCUUCUUCCUUACGACCCAUCCUGCCGAGGUAGUUGUGCGCAAGUGGCAUCAUCAGGAGGAACGGCUGAUUAAAGUUUCAGAAGAUGAGGAAGGCAGGUACUCUGAAGCAGUGAGACGUCUGGAAUUCGAUCCCCACCUUGGGCCUUAUGCUUUAGACAGGCAUGGAGAGUGGAAGCAGCUUUCUAAUUACAUUACACAGAACAUUAUUGAGAGAAUUGAGCCCAUUGGUGGAGAUAUUAUGAUAGCCUACGAGUCUGGAUUGAUCGACAGGGUUCCUAUUUCUGUUAUGGAGAGACGUCUGAUGGAACAGCUAAAGGACAGUAAGUUUUCAAACUCUGAAGCAGAGGGAUCUCACAGGCGUGGAUGCUAUUACACAUCAAUUCCCCAUGCUGUUAAGCAUAAGGGCAUUUCUGGAGAGGAACUUACAGCAAUUAACCUUGACAAAACAAAAUUACUGGAAGCAAUCUUGAUGAAAGACUAUGGAGGCGAAGAAGAUUCACUUUUGGGGGAACUACAAUUUGCUUUUGUUGCAUUUAUGAUGGGGCAAUCACUUGAAGCCUUUCUACAGUGGAAAUCAUUAAUUAGCCUUCUUUUAAGCUGUACAGAAGCUCCACUUCGGACAAGGACUCAGCUAUUCUCCAAGUUUAUCAGAGUCCUCUACUCCCAACUCAAGCAUGGCUUUCAUAAAAAACAAAAUCAUGGGAAUGAUUCAGGCAAAGGAAUAUCCCUUUUCUUGGAUGAUGUGUGGUUCUCAAAGGACAUCUUUUUGUUCCGUUUGUGCAAGGAUUUCUUCCCAUUGGUGCUGGAGUCCCCAGUUGUUGAUGGUGACCUGCUGUUAUGGAUGAGAAAACUAAAGAGACUGCUGGAGAUUGCACUUGGGUGGGAUUUUGCAGAUGUGAUGGAAGUUAUCUGCAACGAAGGGGAUGAGUUCUCUCCAGUAAUUGUACCUUCUGAAGAAGUGAAUUAACCUCCAAGCUGCCCAGUAAAAUUAAAUGGUGGAUCCAGUUGUGGUGGUGUUAACUUACGGAUUUCUUCUCCAUGAUUUGUUUUGGACAUGUUAUAUUAGCAUGGUGUUUGACUUAAGUCGGGAAAAGUUGGGCGCUUGCAAAGGUUGUUGUCCCAUAUGGCAGCCAUCUCAUAAUUCUGGCUUACCGCCACCAGUAUCGUUAACUGCCAACUUCUGAAAAAGAUUGUUGUCCCAUAUGAAUUCCAUAUUCUCAAAAAUUUUGUUCAGUGAGGCAAACAUUGUUUUGUCCA